AUGAAUUAACCUAAAAAUACUAGAUUCAUAACCUUUACAAUACCUUAUGCUUAAAGUUAAGAUCCAUAAUUUCCCCCAUCAAAUUUAUUAGAAAUAUCUUCAACCCCUUUAGGUUGGCAAAGUUGUAGGUUUUGCUAAUAUCCAUAAGAGUUGAUAUUGCAAUUCUAAUCUGCCAUAACUGUUUAUAAAAUGUAAAUUUUAUCUCAUGAGAAAAAAAUACCUACAAAGAUAGAGGUUUUUAUUGGAAGACUAUAGGGGAGAAUGGAUUUAGAAAAUGCAAGUUUUAAAAAAAUUGGUUAUUUUACAUUUCAUUCCAACGAACAAUCAAACUGGUAAGCCAGAGAGCUAAAAACAGUUUCAAUAGAUGAAUCUAAUUGCAACUAUUUAAAACUAUUGGUGCAUCGUAAUCAUGAAAAUAAGUUUAAUCCAUUUAAUUAAGUUGGUAUUGUUGCAAUAAGAAUUUAUGGUGAGAAGGCAGAACUUCCUCCACCUAAAAAGACUAAUAAGGUUUAAGAUAAGGUCUUAGAUGAAUUAUACAAUCCAUAAUAAGAUAAAUUAAUUGAUACUAAAUUGUUGGCACAUAUUAUUGCACUUGAACAUGUAAAGUAUUCCUUAAUAUGAGAGUCUAAAGAUUAUGCAAUUAAGUAGGAAAACUAUUAGGAAGCUAAAAAACUAAAAAAUAGAAUAAUUUAAUUAAGAUCAUUGGGAGUAUAAUUGAGAGAUUUGGAAGAGAGAAAAAAAGAAGUGUUAUAAAAUGAAGAUUAUGAUUAGGCUGAAGCUAUUAAAGAAUAAAUUAAUAAAUUGAAAAUUGAAAAUGGACUUAUAGAUGAACAAGGCAAUGAAUAUAAACCAAAUAUUGAUAAGAUAAGACAAUAAGAAUUAGGUGAAUAGACAGAUAAUUAUGAAGAUAGAAGAAAUUCAAAACCAUCAAUUAAAUAAAUAGAUAAUAAUAAAAUAAUUGAAGAUAGUUUUGAUAGAAUGCCUUAAGAAGAGUAAACAUAUUUAAUUGAAUAAUUAAAUAAUAACAAUAAUAUUACUCAUAUUACUAAUCAUUAAAAUGAUAAUGCAAAUACAAGUUAUUAAUAACCUACUUCUUUUGAAUAAUAACUUAAAAAUGAAAAACAAUUAAAUUAUGAUGAAAUGGUAAUACCAGCUUUAAAAAAUAAAUAAAAUAAUAAUAAUAAUAAUAAUAAUAAUUAAAUUUUAGAAGAGUAUUCAGAAGUAGAUAAAAGUAAAUAACAAAUUGAAGAAUUAAGUUCUGAAAAUUAAAAAUAAGUUGAAGCUAUCAAACCAUAUUUUGGAAUGGAUUUUUGUAAAAACUAUUUUUCAAAGAAUUGGGCUCGUAGAGAAGAAGGUAUUCGUUGGUUAAUUGAACAAUUUAACAAUCCUAAUUAAAUAAAUAUUUCUAAUAUUGAUGGAGCCUUUUAAGCUACUUUAUUAUUAAUUUAUAAAGGCAUUUAAGAUAAAGCAGACAAAGUAGUUUAUGCAAGUCUAUAAUUAAUGUAAUAAACUUUACUUAAAUUGAAACCAAAUAAAUUAAAUGAUGAAAGUCCAAUAAUAUUAGAUAAUAUUGUAUUGGUAUAAUAUAUUAAUAAUCUUAGAUUCUUAUGGAGAAGUUGGGUGAUAUUAAUGAGAGACAUAAAGAGGAAUGCAAAAAGAUUUUAUUAACUCUAGCUGAAACAUAGAUUAUGGGUAGUGCUGGAGUAAUUAAUCAUUUAGUAAAAGGUAUUACAACAAAACCAAAUUUAUAAUUAUCAUCAGUCAGACACAUUUAAACUAGAUUAAUGUUAAUUUACAAUUUAAUCUAAAAAUAUAAAAUUAAUAAUGAAAGAGUUCCUUAUAAUCCAGUUAUGGAUGUGGCUAUUAAAUAUUUAGAUCAUUCUGCUGAAUAAGUUAGAACUUGUGCUAUUUAUAUAAUAACUGAAGUUUAUAAAAAUUAAGCAGAAAAAGUAAGAGAAAGUAUAAAAGGAAUUAGACCAGCAUAAUAAUAAAUUCUAGAUGAAUUAUUUUAUAAAAUAGAUAAUGGAGGUAAUGUUUAAACAUCUUUUGAAUAAGAAAAAAAACCAUAAACAAAAAAGAAAUAAUAAUAAAUUAAUCCUGAUUAAGUCUUUUAAUAAAUAACAUAAGCUUGUGAAUUUUGUGGAAUUGAAAAUAAAGAAUUCAUAUAAAGUUAAAAAUUAGAUAUGCAUUUAUGGAAGGAAUGUGUUAUGCUUACAACUUGUUUAUCAUGUGCCUAAGUUGUAGAAGUAUCUCAAUUAACUAAUCAUCAUUUUGAAGAAUGUGAAUUUGCUAAAAAUUAUAGAUAAUGUGAAACGUAAUUUUAUUAUUUUUAUUUAUAUAUUAGUUGUGGAUGUGCAGUAUUAGAAAAUCAAUUAGCUGAACAUUAAAAUAAAAAGGUUUGUAAUACUUCACAAGGUGAUACUUGUCCAUUAUGUUACAAAACUAUUGGAUUGAAUUGGAAAAUUCACUUAGCCAUUUGUGAACAACAAGAAAGGAAUAAAUAAUAACCUGCCUCUUUAGAAAAAAAAUGA